AUGGGACGAAAGCAAAAAGCUCCCAAGAAGCUGAGUCUCGAUGAAACGGGAUCUGUGUUUGAGUAUCUUUGGAAUCCAGGAGACAAAGUUUCCACGCCACGCAAAGAAGACAAUGCGGAUCAAGGCAGCACACUCUUGGGGCGACUAUGGGCUGCAGAAGCGGAUGCCUUGACUGAUGACGCUGCUGCUCCACCACUACGGAAACGAACGAAAUCGUCCAAGAAGAAGAAAUCCGUGGACACAAGUACCACGAACACGAACACGACGAGCAAUGACGAACCGUUGGAACUCCAAGUAGCGCCUGGAACGAACCCUCAAGGACAAGAAAUUCCAGGAUCUGCCUUGAUUGUGCAUUAUGUACACACUAGUACUAAUACAAGCAGUAGAAGACGGGAGGAUUCGGCAGAGGUUCACUUGAAGCAAUGGCAGCUCGGUCCUGCUGUUCAACUGAGGACCUUGACUGCAAGAAACUGUCAAGGACAGCAAAUGGGAGAAAUGCUGCCAGCGCAACUUCCAAUUCGUGUCUUGACUUUCCAGGGGGCCUUGGAAUUGCUGCACUUGUGCUGUGCCACCCAGCACACAACAAAAGUCCAACGGGGAGAAACUGCAAUGGCAUCCACCGGGGAUUCUUGUCAGCACUUGGCUCACGCCGUGGAGAAACGCUUGUUUCUAUUGAUCAUUCAUCAGAAGAAGGAAUCAACACCAACCUACACGGUAUCCCUUUCACUCACGGACUUUGCCUUUGACACGUGUCAUCCAGCCAAAUUGUCCGUUCGGGAAACCUCUCAUACCAAAGCAUUCCAACUCGCGCACUGCCUCAAUCAAGCUCUCAUGGCUUUAUUCCCAAAACAAACGGAACUAUUACCAUUGUCACAAAAGUCAAGAGGAGGAGACAACAACACUUCUUCUACCCCAUUUAUCAAUGCCAAGGAUGUGUACGCAUUGGUCGAUAAUGUCAAACUCAAACACAUCAUGAACCGAAAAAAGCCACCUCCAGGCAGUCCUCAAGAAGCACCCUUGACAGUACCAGGAUUAAAACCAAAAUUACGACCUUACCAGGAAGCGGCAGUCCAGUGGAUGAUCCAACGAGAAAAAGGAGAAAGUGGAUCCAAUAUUGCUGCUGCUGCUGCCAAUCAAAACAAUGGAAGGGAAUGGGAAUUGGCAUGGGUCAUUGUCACUACAUCCUGUACAACAUCAACAUGUACAACAACAACAACCGUCAACAAUCAUACAUACCCUAUGGCACGGCUGUAUAGUCUACCGGAAUAUAUGCAACAAUUUCCACUGCGACAACGACAGACGGAGGAUCCUUCCAAACAUUUUUUAUUUUGCCCAUUCACCGGAUGGCUAGCCGACUCGGUCAAGGAUGCCAUGGACAUGACACUACCGGUACGCAGUCUACCUAUUCCGGACAAACCAUAUACGGAAGCAAAAGGGGGAAUUUUGGCAGAGAGCAUGGGACUGGGGAAAACGGUGGAAAUUCUCGCAGUCAUUUUGGCAAAUCCACAUCCCAGCUAUCCACGAAAUAAUAAUACUGUGGUAGUAUCCUCUUCGUCCUCCUCUUUGGCGCCCUCGGAGGAAUCGUCGUCGCAAGUCACGGACAGUCAAGAAACCGGGGAUAGCACACAAAGCAAACAUGGCAACAAUCAGAAUAAUCCACCAUUGGGGGAACCUCUUGGGACGCAAAAGCGGAGACGAAUUAUAGAGGACUCUACCAAACAAUCUACCCACAGUUUGGACUCUGCAGACGAUAUUAGCGACGAUGAUGAUACAUGCAGUGAUGACUCCUUGCCCAUUGCACAGCUCAAGAACAAAAAUCAGCGUGCUAAAGAGGCGACAAGCAUUUUGUCACGUGAGCAAAGCCGUUGCUCGAACAAUGAUGACGACCCCGACACUGAAAUCGUUGUUGAAACACCUACGAGCCUCGAGGAGCGAUGGAUAUGUACGGGGAAUGGGGAGAUUGGAUCCUGUAUUUGUGGAAGAUCCAUAUCGUUUGUCCCCGAAAUGCCUCCCGAGGAUUCGGUUGUCGUCUGCCAAGGGUGCCGUGAGCCCAUGCAUUGGACAUGUGCCGCAUUCGGCGAGGAACGGAAGCAGCUUUCUACCAUGAACCGUGGAGUCUUGUUCCGUCACAAGCUCUCGAAAGAUGGUUUUUGGUGCCGACUUUGUCCCGAAACAUUUUGUCCCUGCUGUGUUGGAUCAGCUGAUCCGGGGACAAACGACAAGCUUCAAAGUAGGGCAACAGUGAUUGUAGCCCCUGCUGCAAUUCUGAGCCAGUGGGAGCGUGAGAUCAAAAUGCAUGUUCGAGACCCCAUCAAAGUCGUCGUCUACUCUGGUGUGAAGAUUCUCAUGAACGAACAACAACGACGGAAGAAAGGCGGACACGAACCCUUUCAAUUCGUCCACCCUCGGCUACUGGCAGACAAUGACUUGAUUCUGACUUCCUUUGAAACUCUGCAACAGGAUCUUGGGCAUAGCGACAAAAAUCCUUUUGCGUCAGGGAGGGCAUCGCUGCGAAAGAGAAAACGUUACCGGGUUGUGCCGUCGCCGCUCUCAACUAUUUCGUGGUGGCGCGUUUGCCUCGACGAAGCACAACGUGUGGAAACCCCAACUGCUGGGUCUGCACAGAUGGCUCUCAAACUUGACACUGGACAUCGAUGGGCAGUCAGUGGAACUCCGGUUGGUCGAGGCAAACUAGAAGAUUUAUUCGGGUUGCUGGUGUUUCUGAGGUCAACUCCCCCUUUCAAUGACUGGAAUUGGUUUCGGAUUUGCUUCCCAUCGUCUGGUGGGGCCGGCUGGAAAAGUAGGUUGAGGCUCCUUCUAGGGUCGGUCUUUUGGCGUUCCACAAAGUCGAACGAGCUUGUCGCAGAACAGAUGGCGGUGCCUCCACAAAUAGAAAAGAAAAAUCUACUCAAGUUUUCAAGUAUCGAGCGUCAUUUCUAUAUGACCCAACUGGAUAAGACUUUGCAAAUCGCCGGAGAUCUCCAAAGCAAAACAAAGCCAAAGGAUGGUGCUCCCUUCACCAAGAGACCUCGAGGUACCAAAAGCUUGGAAUUGCUUGCUACCGAGAUGCACAAUCUUCGUGCUGCUUGUUGCCAUCCACAAGUAGGCUCAAGUGGAUUGGCGCUGGGAAAACGAACCCGCACACACGGCAGCGUCAAGGUCUUGACAAUGACGCAGGUCUUGGAUCGGUUGAUUUACGGUGCCAAGAACCAAUGCGAGGAAGCACUCCGCGUAUCCAUUUUUCAUUCCAAUGCAAUCGCGGGGAUUGCAAGGCUCAAAGUGGACGCAAAGCGAUACCACCACAUUUCAAUAGCAGAGCACGACGAUUUUCUCUGGGCAGAGAGCUGUAAGCUGUACCAAGAUGCGCUUGACCUUGUCGACAAAAACGCAUCGCCGAGUCUCGCAACCGGAGAAGCCUUGCUUACGGCAGUCGUGGCUUUCGUUCCAACCAAAAGCAAAGUCACGGGGGGAAGGCCGUGCUGGACUGGCAGAUCCAGCAACAUGAAACUGCCCGUGCAAACCAAAGAAGUGGCGAAGUCAAACAUCUCUUA